AUGCAUGAAAAGAAGCGCUUGCUUAUUACUGCAUUGCCGACUCGUUUAAUGUCACCUCAUAAAAAUUUGCCACAAGAUAACAUGACCGUCGCAUUGUCAUACCUUGUCCAUGAAGUUGCCCAAACGCAAUUACAUUACUAUUCUAUGGCACGCUUUGCCAUUUCUCGAACUAGGCCUGCUAUUGCUCGUCAUAGACGGUCGUAUGUGACUCGCUCAAAGAAAACAGUGACAACCUCUAUGGGAGGCAUUUUUGAGCCCUUCUUAGACAACAAGAUUGAUAGAACCCACAAGGAGGAAGAAAAGCCUUUAAAUCCCAGAGAACUACUGUCAAAAGUAAACAUAAACGGUAACAGCAAAGAAGAUAUUGGAUGCAAAAGGAACAUGCAAAAGGAAAUAGCAGCUAUUUUAUUAGAUAAUAUCAAGCAUGAUAAGACGGAUGAUGACAAGAUUUUGAAAUCUUACCGAACAGAAUUCGAAUUAGUGGCGAAUAAAGAUAUCGCCGAACUUACAGCGUUUGGAAACAUAUUAUUACGAAGUUCCAAAUUCGGUGCGCCGCUAGCAUUUGAACUUUAUAAACUUGCUAUGCGAAAAGGAGAUGAUAGAGGAGCUUUUAGUUAUGCCAAUAUGGUUUAUCGUGGAUACCGCGGCACACCGAAAAACGAAGAAAAAGGAAUCCAGAUUAUGUCCCAACUUGCUCAAAAAGGCCAUCCUUAUGCUCAAAUGAACUUGGCCGCUAUCAUUAUGAGAACGCAACCCGAUCGCGUUGAAGCAGCCAUCAAACUCUACGAAUUAGCCGGUCGAGCUGGACUUGACCAAGCAUAUACAGAGUUAGGCCGUAUGUUUCGGCUAGGUUACGGUGUCCAUCAGGACCAUAGCAAAGCAAUUGAUUAUUUUCAAAAAGGUGCACAGAUGGGCAAUCCCCAAUGCCACUUUAUGUUGGGUGUGUAUUGGUCGUCUGGUUUAAUAGCAAAUACAAAAGAACCAGACCAAAAAAAAGCAUUCAAACACUUUCAAAAGGCAGCUAUGAAGGGAAUGGCCGAAGCGCAGUAUAACGUGGGUCUCCGCUAUUUAAAAGGGCAUGGCGUUGAGCAGAAUAGCUUUAAUGCGGUGGAGUUUUUUCGUAUGGCGGCAUUGCAAGGUUUCCAAUUAGCCCAAGUCAAUCUGGCGGGUAUGUAUGCUGAAGGAAGAGGUGUUAAGCCGGACUUGGAAGAGUCUAAAACAUGGCUAGCCAAAGCAGCAGCGAUAGGUGGUCCAAUCGGCAAAGAUGCUCAGAAAAGGAUAGAAGAAAUUGAUCGUAUACAAGGCAAGAAAGAUGAUAGCAAAUGUACUAUUAUGUAA